AUGCUCUGCGAACAGCUGCCGGGCAUAGAAGUAGUAAGGGCUUUCAACGAUCCGCUGCGGCUGCUGAAGGAAAGCAAAGGAGUUGAUUUUGAUUUAUGCAUCCUGGAUAUAGAAAUGCCGGGACUAAACGGGCUGGAAGUAGCAAAGCUGCUGCAGGGCAAACCGGUUAUUUUUACCACCGCUUACAAAGACUACGCUGCUGAAGCUUUUGAUCUCAAUGCCAUCGAUUAUAUCCGCAAGCCCAUACAAAAAGAAAGGCUGCAGAAAGCACUGGAAAAAGCUGCUGCACAGUUAACACCGCAACAGCCGGGCAAGCAGUUUAUCCAGCUUACGACCAGCAGGGGGCGCUCACUCUUAUUCUUUGACCAGCUGCUUUUUAUUGCCAGCACCGCACUUGAUAAAAGAGAUAAAGUGGCAGCAUUGGAAAACGGAGAAACGCUUCUCUUAAAAAACAUCUCUUUUUCCCAGCUGCUGUCGCUGUUACCCGCCAAUCAAUUCUGCCAGGUCAAUAAAAAAGAAAUCAUUGCAGUAAAAACAGUCAGUUCUUUUUCAGCGGGUGAAAUCACUACGUCUAUUGUCAAAAAUGGUAAACCUAUGCAGUUUGUGUUAAGCCAGGCUUACAAAAACCGUUUUCUGCAGCUUACCGCUACCUGA